GCUCCUUCUUCUUGUGCUCCUUCUUCUUCUUCUUCUUCAAGAACAUCUCCAUCUCCUCUUUCGCGUGCUUCUUGUGCUGGUUGCGAUCAGCGACUCCACCGUGCUGCCACAGCCAAUCACAUUCAUCACCUGUUCAAGCGAGUCGCUCUUUGUCUCUGAGCGCUGUUCGUUUACGUCUGGCAAACGGCGUCUUCGCAGCUUCCCUUUCACAUGAGCCACGACCGCGCCGCUCCCGCUUCCCGUCCAGCAUCACAUGCGACGACAGACUGACAGAGUGCACGCCCCAGGCCAACAGCAAGCUAGUUUGGAAUCCCCCCUUUACCUUGGAAUGAAUACGAGCGAGUGAGUGCGCAAGCAAGCAAGCUCACACAAGCUCACACAAGCAACCGCAUAGAACGAGCCCAAACAACGCAAACUUUCGUUUCCCGUCCGCCCCCACAUCUUCUGCGCCCUUCCAAGCAAGGCAUCGAUUGUUGUGAGAGACGCAGCAGUGUGCGACCAUGACAAGAAGUGUCAGCAUCAACUGCGCACCUGAUGGCGCGUGGCCGUGUCAGCUCACCCACACAGAUGACGGCAUCAUCGUCACGGUGUCGUCCAACCCGGGCCUGCGUGUGGGCGACCGCGUCGUUGCCAUCAACGGCCUGCCAACUGCCGCCUUCACCGCCGAGCUACUGGACAACCUCAUGUCACAUACCACCAAGCUUGAGCUCACCGUGACAGAUGCCAGCGGCGACACCGCCACCGCCACGCGCCACGACAUCGAGCGCAUGGAUCAGCAUGGGUCCUCGCCGCCACCAACGAGUGCAGCGUUGCGCACGGUGGACUUUGGGGCGCCCGCGCACGACCUUGGGGCAGUGCUCCCUACCGCACAACUACAGCACCAGCAGCCCGUGCAGCACCAGCAGCCCGUGCAGCACCAGCAGCCGCUGUCACCGCGAUCGGCCCGCCGCCGCCUGCCGGCCCCGCCACCAACAGAGACAGCGCCACCCCACUCUCGUCACCCCCAUCCCAACGGGCACCACCACCACCAUCGCCUGCCAUCGCCGCCAUCAUCCGCAGCUCGCACGCACGCGGCCCCGCUGCAGGAGGUGCACGGGUCGAGUGCAGUGUCCGAUGCGACCAUGGCCCAGGCGCGCCGCCUGCCCGCAGGUGAGCAGCUGCCGCCCGUGUUCAAGCCCACCGCCAUCACCCCAGCCAGCGCCGACACGCACCACAACACACACUAUCAACAACAACAACAACAACAACAACAACAACAACAACAACAACAACAACAACAACAACAACAACAACAAUACUACCAACAGCAGCAGCAGCCACAACAAUACCACCAGCAAUACGAGCACCAGCACCAGCAGCCACAGUAUGAAGGGUUUGUGGUCGACAGGGAAUCGUCUGCGGCCAAGCAAGCGAUGGAGGGCGCCGAACACGUGCCUGUGACGGCAGCGCUGCAGCAGGGCCACAUGCGCUCUGGAAGCUUCCCCGAGACAGAGUACGAGCAACGCCAGGCGCAGUGGCCGCAGGAUGGGCUCGCAGAGACAGCAGCGACAACCGCCAGCGUUACAUCGCCGUCAUUCACGGCCGCCACCACUGCAACAGCCACCCCGGCCCCGCCCGCUGCCGAUACACUUGGUGAUGAUGCUCGCAGGCAGCAGUGGCAACCGUGGCAACAGUGGCAGCCACGUCACCAGCAGCAGCAACAGCAGCAACAGCAACGUGGUCUCACGCGUGUGUCGAGUCUCCCUCAGCACCUGCGGCCACGCGGCGGUGUCGACAUGCGAGAGCUGUCCGCCCGCCUGUCCAACGCACCAAACCGGCGCUCGUCACACCAGCUGCCAUCAUCGUCGUCGUCGUCGUUGCAGCAGCAGCGUGGACACGUCCACCGCAUGCGCUCGCGCAGUGAGACGACGUCGCCCGUGCCAGAGUCAAUGCCGCUCUCACAGCAGCUGCACAGCUCCAACUCCCUGCACAGGGUCAGCUCUGCUUAUGGGAUUAUCGACGCCAACAGGGCGCAACUGCAUGACUUUUUGACGACAAAGGCAUACAGGCGCAUGGAAACAAGACAGAAGCAAUCACAAGUCGCGGGAGCGCGCCAGAACAAAGGCGGGCAGCUGUUCGACCUGAUACCGACGAGCGGCGAGGUGAUCAUUGUCCCGUACGAGCACGAACCAGGCGGCAUUCUCGGCUUCCAGGUCAUCGGCGGCUGCGAAACGCCGUAUGGUGCAUCGUUUGUGUCUGUGGUAAUGCCGCACACGCGCGCGGCUGUUGCUGGACUGCAGCCCGGUGACCGCCUUCUCUCCAUCGACAACAUCGGCCUCGUCGGCGCCACAUACGCAGAUACAAUGGCCAUCCUCCAAUCCGUGUCGCACAUUGUGGACGUGUGCGUGAUGCGCCUUGAAAAAGAUCAGUGGCGCUCCGUGUGCCGGAAUGCGCGCAGGAUCGAAGACAUGAUGGACACCAUGGAGACGCCGCCAAAGGAGUUUCUUCGUCCGCUCAAGUUCCAGACGGAGGACGCAGACCCGUCCUUCACGGGGCGACUGCAGCGUCAGAGCCAGCUGGUCGACACAGAAUCUUGGGCAACCGUCAACCAGGAUCAGCUGGAGCGCAAGUGCGGAACGGAAGGUCUUGGGUUCCUCGUCUCCUCUCGCUCCAGCACGCAUUCGUCCAUGUCAAACAUCUCAGAGGCUGCGGAGAAGGGCAAGCGUGCUGGUGUUCGCAUCAGUGCCAUCAUCCCCAACCGCCUUGCCCACAGGGAUGGGCGACUGAGGCAAUUUGACCGCCUACUGAACGUGAAUGGUGUGGAUGUGUCCAACUGUACACUCCCCGAAGUGAUUCGCCAGCUGCAGGCCUGUGAUCAAGAGGUCACGCUUAUCGUUGGCCGAUCAAAAUACCGCAUUGGCGUGAAGUUGACGCGGGAGCAGGAGAUCCCAGAGCGCCCCACGUCCCCCAAGUCGCAUCUCGGCGCGCGCCGCACACUCACGCUCGCCCGCGUCGACGGCCAGUUCCCCAUCUCCCUCAUUGGCCUCACCGGUCACGGGAAGCGUCUCGGCGUUGUCCCCGCUGAGCACAGCGGCGUGUUUGUGUCUGCGGUGGAGGUGCUUGGGCCCGGCAGCGAGCUGCCACGCGUCGGCGACCAGAUCUUCCGCAUCAACGGCGUGGACGCGCACUCGUGGAGUGUGCGGCAGGUGUCUGGAGCCCUAUCCAAGGCGCGUGACCACGUUGAGCUUGAGGUCGCCAUGCACGUCGAUGCGCUCCGCCGUCUGCAGCGCAUCGACGCCGACGAGGAGGAAAUUGGCGCACGAUACAAGCUGACGCGGACGGUGAUGAAGUCUGACAUCCUGCGGCGAACGGAGUCGUGGCUGCCACCGCGCUUCCAGUCGUCCCAGCAGGCGACUUCGCCCCCUGCUGCCGCCAGCCAGCAGUCCACAGAUCGCCCUGUCUGGUCCCCGCGCCAGGAGGACACGCCCGUCCUCGCUGCGCAGUCUGUUCGAGAGACGGAGCUUGUGCGCCAGAACAACAGCUUUGGCAUCGACAUUGUCGGCCCCAGCGGUUACGUCGACAUGUACCGCCCAACAGGCGUCUUCAUCUCCCGCAUCGUGCCACAGAGCAUGGCUGAUCGCGUGAGCCAUCUUCAUGUUGGUGACCAGAUUCUCACGCUCAAUGGCCGCAGCGUGGAAAAGGCGAGCGUGGUUGAGGUGCUUGCCCAGCUGCACGCUGUGCAACAGGCCGUCAUCACAGUCGCUUACAACCCCAAAGGUUUGCAUGUGCACAUGGAUGAGCGUGAGAAGCGUGUGACUGCAGGCAACAUUGCAGACACGCAGAGCAAGCCCGUGCUGGCGCUUGAAACCGACUUCAACAAGUUCCCCAACCUGCCUCGCAUCAGCCCUCGACUGCCCGCAGAGGACUCUGGUGAACCUCUCACGCCCAUGAGUGACCGUUCCAUGCCAGUCCCACACGUGUCUGCCUCUGCGUUUGACGUGGAGGACGCCGUGUCCGGAGACGUGCGCACGUCACACGGCCACCACGCCAAGUUCACAGCGGGUACAGGCAGCAACAGCAGCGAGAUCGACGAGCCCAUUGAUGACACCUCCCCGGUGCCCGACGUCGUGCAAGGGUCAGACCGGUUGGCCGCUGCCGUUGCGCAGCAAGAGCGGGAGCUUGAGGUGCGCUCCACCGGUGAAACACGCCGCGUGAACCUUCGCAAGCCGCGAAACACCCUGGACCUUGGCCUGCGCCUGCUGGGCGAAACGGACCGCCGCGCCCCCGUCUUCAUCGGCAGGAUCCUACCGAACUCCAUCGCCGACGCCAACGGCGACCUGCGCGAGGGCGACCGCAUUCUGUCCAUCAACGGCCGGCCCAUGGAGGAAGUGAAGGUCUCACAUGCGCAGGAGGCGCUGGCCAAGGCGAUGGACCGCGUCACGCUCGUCGUUCGCCAUGAGCCGAAGGCAUAUGACCUGUACAAGCGCAGCGACAUGAAGCUCAAGCCCCACGUUGCGGCGUAUCCCACGCGCGAAUGCACACUGACACGCCCAAACCCGCAGGCAACAGAUGUGGAGGCAGACAUUGGCGUUGUGCUGGGCAGCUGCGACCCAAACGAGAUCCAGACCAACCCGGCUGCGCAGGAGGGCACGUUUAUCUUGCGCGUGUACAACAACAGCGCCGCCAAGCGCGCUGGCCUGCAGAAGUACGACCACAUCCUUCGCAUUGGGCAGUUUGACGUGCACACGGCCAACGCGGGGCUUGUGCGCCGCCUCCUACAGCGGCAGCCACCGUCGUUUGUGCUCACGGUGGUGAAGCAGCCCGAGGUGGGCGCGCUCGCUCGCCAGCACCCGGCGCCGAUUGACGGCGCAACGCCCAUGCUCGAUGGCUCGUACAGCGCCUCUUCCUCCCAGGGCGCAGCCAGCACGGGCGCGAUGGUCGCGUCACAACAACAGCGGCAGCAGCAGCAGCAGCAGCAGCAGCGAAGAAGCGUGGACGAUGCCGGAGCAGCACCAGCUCGCCCGGUGCAGGCAGCGGAAGCCACGUCGCCCACAGGGCAGUGGACGCAACGCGGCGCACCAACAGAGACAACGACCGCCACCACGACGGAAGCAACCACGACGGAAGCAACCACCGCGACUUCGUCUCCACCCUUCUCGUACGGUGAUGCUGCAGUGGACCAGCAGCAGCAGCAGCAGCAACAACAGCAGCAACAGCAACAGCAACAGCAAGAAGAGGAGCUGCAGGAGCAAGAGCAGGAGUCGCCAGCGGAUGACGUUGGCCUGCCCACGCUGUCCUGCCGGGUGUGCGAGGGCAUGUACCCUGGCACGGAGGAUGUGCGCCGUGCGACGCCAAGCGACACAGACUGGGGCCACCCCGUGUCCGUGUACCGUCCACCGUUCUACACGGCGCCGAAUGUGCUCAAGCACCCACGCGCAGAUCCCAACAUCCGUGAGCUGCAGGCCAUUGCCGAGGGCCGUGUGCGAAGCCGCGACCUGCCCCACUUCAACUCCAACGACGACGAGGUGGACCGCCGCAGCUACGAGGGUUUGUACGACCUCAAUCCGCGCGGCCUCCCCCUCUACCCGUACGGGCGCACGGGCGUUGCUGGCCGCGGCAUGUUUGCGCUGUGGGGUCCAAACCACGCCGUGCACAUGAUCAUCUCCCGUUGGAAGCGCAACUCCAAGGGGCAGGUGGUGACGCAGGACAAACACCCCGUGCUGGAAGUGCUUGCGCUGAAGAACAGCGUCACAGGCACCAGCUACCUCCCCUCCGUGUUCAUCCGCCCUGGCGAGGAGCUGCAGACGGCUAUGCAGCGUGCGCUUGAGCUUGCCUUCCGCGGUAAGGUCGGCACAGAGACGGUGCGCGCGUCCAAGCUGGCCAACAUCGUGUCCACCCAGGACCUGCAGCUGCACGCCGCCAACGCCACGAACAAAGGCGGGCCAACAGCCACACCCGCGACCGUCACAGCCACACAGGCUGGAACAGCGUCAGCAGCAGCGGCAGCGGCGUCGACGACGGAGGGCGGUGCCGGUGGUGCUGGCGGCACGAGCCUGUCCUCGGCAGCGCUGGAAGAGAUGAUCAAGGAACGGCUUAGCCGCGCCGCCAUCUUGGAGGUGUACCGUGGCCUCCUGCACGACCCGCGCAACACGGACAACGCGUGGAUUGAGACAGUGGCCUUCAACUACCACGACGAGACGGGUGAGAUGAAGGACAUUAAUCUGCCGGAACCGGGCGCGGACGACGACAACCCGCUGCACUGGCUCACGGCCACGUCCAACUCCAACAUCUGCAUGGAGCAGUACGAGCUGCUGAAGCACGUUGCCGGUGCACACGCUGCGUUCUUCACGCACAAGCGCCGCAAGCAGUCGCACGUGCAGAUGAUCCGCGUGAACUUGCAGCGCACGUCCAACGUGCCGUUUGGGCUGACCUUUGGCACGACGCACAAGGGCCGCCACAUCAUCACCAAGGUGAACGAGGGCGGGAUCGCAGAGCACUUUGGCCUGAAGGAGGGCGACUGCAUUGUGGAGGUGAACAAGGUGCCCGUGAAGGGGUGGUCACACGAGGACGUCAAGCAGUUCAUCACGAGCCACGCCGACGUGGUGGUGGCUCUGGCCAGGCGCCAGGCACGUGGCCGCGCAGACACGGUGGCCAGCUGGCAGCACCGGCGUGCGCAGGAGCGGAAGAAGUGGCGCAAGCGGCACCACAGGCGGCGGGUGGCGCGACCAUCCACCCCGCGCGCAUCGCCCCGCAGCAGCCUCAGUGACCUCAUGGAGGAAGAUGAAGAUGAAGAGGAAGAGGACGAAGAAGACGAGGAUGAGGAGUAUGAUGACGAGGAUGAUGACGAGGACGAGGAGGAGGACGAGGAUGAUGAGGAGGACGAGGACGAUGAGGAUGGCGUGUUGUUGGAUGGCAGUGGUGGCGGAGCACCGCGGCCACGCCGUUCAUCGACCAGCGGUGCCGGUGGCAGGAAGAAGAAGGGCAGCCACCGUCGCCGCCGCCGCCGCCGCACCAGCAGCAGCAGUGGCGGCAGCAUGCGCCGCUCGAGCGAGAGCGGAACAGAGGGCGAAAGUGGCGAUGGCCGCACCGCCCGCCGCGACUCGUACCCGCCCAUGCCCGCGACCGGCCGAGACGUGUUCACGGUGGUGCUGGAGCGCAAGGACUUCCGCGAGGACUUUGGCUUCUCGCUCACGUCGCUGGGCUCGAAGAUCUAUGUCAAGCACACGGUGGCCGGCUCGCUGGCGCACCGGCUGCUGCAGCCCUUGGACGAGGUGCUGUUGGUUGGCGGCGAGGACACGCGGUUCCUGACGGCUGCGGAGGCAGAGCGCAUCAUCCUGGGCGUGCUGCAGAUCAAGCUGGUGGUGCGACGGCCCGUUGCUGGUGAGGGCGGCGCCAUGAACAUGAUGGAGAUGCAGCAGGCCACCGGCAUCGACACCACGGGCGCAGGCCCAAUGCCCAAGCUGCACACGAAGCACAGGUCGAAGAGCGACAUGGCUGCGCGUACCACCAAGGGCCCGCUGCUCGCUGUGAAGGAGGUGGAGGUGCGCCGCAACGUCAACGCAGAGUGCCUUGGCUUUGACGUGAUUGAGACGGCCCAUCACGAGCUGUAUGUCUCUGGCGUGGAGGCCGGGUCCUCUGCGCUGAAUUUGCUGUUUUGCGGCGACCGCAUUGUUGCGGUGAACGAUCAGCACGGCAAGGACCUGACGCUGGAGUCGCUGGAGGUGAUGGCGGCCGAGAGCGACGUGCUCAACAUGGUGGUGCUGCGCGCAACCACGCAGCGGCCCGUGUCGUAUGGCCACCUGCGCAUGUACGUCAACUGGUUCAAGCACCGCCCGUGCAUCUUCGCCAGCGUGCCGCGCGCCAAGCCCACGUUUGUGCCCGUGCGCGCAAUGCUCCCGCGCGCAGGGCUGCCCAUGCCGACCGAGGCUGACAUGCAGGCGGCGGCAGGCGGUGAGGGCGCGGAGAAACCCAGGCGGCGCCGCUCCAGCCACGUGUCGAAGAAGCCAACGCGCAUUGUGACGGACGUGAUGUAUCGGCACAUGUGGCCGCUGAAGGACGACCUCUCGCACCACGACGUGCACAUUCAGAAGGAAGGGGACAACUACGGCUUGCUGUUUGCGGACGUGUACGACCCCAACACGCGCGUGAGCCGCCUUGUUGUUGACGAGGUGACGUCGGACCGCCUCUCUGGCAAGGUGAAGCCGGGUCAGCGGCUGCUCAAGGUGAAGAACACCAACGCAACGACGUGGCACGACCUGGAGCACGCCACGCUCGACGAAGUGGUGAAGGUGUGCGCGGACCUGGGCGACAAGAUCACGGUGCGGCUGUCGCGCCACGCGUUUGAGCGCACAAGCACGCAAGUGCACGAGAAGGCACCGCUCGGAACACGGCGCAUGCGCAGCCACAAGAAGCAGAUGCACAAGCACACGUCGAUUGUUGUGCCAGAUGUGCAGCUGCGCCAUGCUGCGCCUCGUCGGGGCCUGUGGCGCCACUUCCAGACGCUGCUGCACCCCUUGCACCACCACCACCACGACGGGCAGCACGGGCGCACCUCGGCAGCCAGCAAGCGGUCGUCUGCCUCUGUUGAGGGCUCGUACGAGGACCUGACUACUGCACCGGUGACACCAUCGCCGCCCAGCCCAGCCACCGCGGGCACGGCAGCGGAUGUGCACAGCGGCCCUGCACCAACGGCGUCCACGGCAGCGGACGCAUCUGUGGAGGUGCACCCGCCAAUUGUGAACCGCAAGGGCAAGCAGAAGCACUCGAAGAACAAGAAGAGCAAGAAGAAGGGGUCCGCCCAGCAGCAGCAGCAGCAGCAGCAUGUUGUUGUGGUUGACCACGGGCACCAGGACCACGUGCGGCCAAACGGCGACUCGAUGCAGCAGCAGGAGCAAGCGCAGCAACAGCAGCAGCAACAGCAACAGCAACAGCAGCAACAGGGGCACGAUGGGCAGCGCGGUGAUUCCACAGCUUCGUUUGCGUCGUCGUCAUAUUCGGCGUCGUCCGGGCCCGGCAGCCAGCGCUCGUCCUCGUAUGUGCGGGAUCUGCGCAACCAGCCGCUUUCCCCGCUGAUGGAGGUGUCGAGCUCCGGAUCGCAAGGGUCGUUUUCGCGAACUGCCAGCUCACAGGCCACGGCACCGUCGCAGGCGGCGUCGCACCUUACCAGCACGCACGAGUGGAUGGCAGCCCCUUCCUCCACGGGAAACCACGAGGAGUCCAUGUGCUGA